UGGCCAAACAAGAAGUAACAGUCCCGCUAAUAUCAAUGAAAUGCCAUUUUCAGUCAAUAACAUUUUGUUAUGCUGUGCAGCAGGGAAGUUGGAGCGCAUCCUGCUCUCAGGCUAGAUAACACUCCCACUUCCCACUACCGAAUGACAAGGUGGGAAAUCAAGUGGUGAGAAGACAAAAAGGACACACAGCUCCUCUUUAUGAGACACUACAGUGGACACGGGGCAUUUUCAACCUGGAAAAUCUCUUAAUGGAACAAAUGUGGACGCAUCGGGAGAGGCCAAGCAGGGCAUGGCUUUAAGCAUGUGUUUAUGUGUUUGUCCAGGACUCCUGCUGCUCUGUAUGGUAGCCUCUGAGGUGUGGGAUGCUGAGACCAAACCCAUAGACUUUGUGUGUAAUAGAGCCGCCAGGAGGGCUAUGAAUAUCGUGGCAGACAUGGAGAGUGCACUGAGUGACUGCACUGGCAUAGUGACCUUCUCCACACCGGUUCAGCUACCCUGCACAGAGCUUCACAUAGCAUCUUGGGAAAAUAAAUCACACCAGGAGAAGAGAGGAGACAUAGUUGCAUCCUUGAGGCUUCUUAUUGAGGGUGUGAAGGUUUUGAGGGCCCUGAGUCAGCCAGGAUGUGGCGCUUCACUACUGCAGAGAUUGGAGAACAACAUCAACAACCACCUGCUCAUUCUCACACACCUUCAGCUGAGUCAGGGGCCAGUGGUGAGUCCUUCACUGUCUUGUGUUCCUCGAAGCUCCCAGAGUCUGAGAAUAGUUCUGCUGAGAUACAACCAGCUGAUCUCAGGCAAACUGGAGCAGUUCAUGAUUAACCUGGGAAACAGAUGCACUUCAGAGUGACACAAGAACAAGUUAAGUGGACCCAUUAUUCUUCACAAAUGGAAGAUGAACUCAACUCUACUGGAGCCCCAAGUCAAUAAAGCCAGGCAGAUAAAACAGCAGGACUGAAUUGAAAUUUCUCCUGACCCUUUCUCACAGUUCUCAUGUGUGAAAAGUCUGCUUUUGUAUGUUGGGAUAUGUAGACACACGCGAGUAAAAAGCAGAAAUACAUUCAUCUCUGUUGGCCCUUAAGAGGAACUACACCUGGAUGAGUGCAGGAAAAUAAAGGACAGCAGUAUGUCUGCAAUGAUGAGCAUCAUGGACAAAUGACUGUCAAAUAAGAGGGAAUUCUUUCUGUCAUUCUACAUGAAGCUAAGGAUGCUUUAAGUUUGGUUUUAAGCUAUAAAACCAAUAGAAGCCUGCAAUCUACCAAAAGGCAAGUAGCGUCUCUUUUUUAAUGUAGCUUACAGGCAGCUUCUCCAAUUUAGUG